GAAUCGUUGGCAAAACGUUUCUACUUUCUGGCAGCAGUCGAAGCUUCGUUUUGCCUACCGAAUGGCUAUGAAAUCGCAAAUACUUACAGGGUUGACCCCGCCAAUGUCAUCUGCUUCUUCUUCGUCGAGCACCAGUAGCAGCCUUUGCUUAGUGAAGAAACCUCUCUCCACAUCGUUCUUCAAUGGCGGAGUGAGGGGUUUAAGAGUGUCAAGGAUGAGAAUUACUCCAGCAAGGUCCCCUAGUUAUAGACAAACUGCACUUAUUGUACGUGCUAACCUUUUCGAUCGGUUUGCCAGAGUUAUUAAGUCCUAUGCAAAUUCAAUCUUGACUUCUUUUGAAGACCCAGAGAAAAUUUUAGAGCAAACGGUGCUUGAGAUGAAUGAUGACCUGAUAAAGAUGAGACAGGCCACAGCCCAAGUUUUGGCAUCACAAAAACGGUUGCAAAAUAAGUACAGUGCUGCAGAACAAGCUUCGGAUGAUUGGUACCGUAGAGCACAGUUGGCUCUUCAAAGAGGAGAGGAGGAUCUUGCUCGUGAAGCUCUCAAGAGACGUAAAUCUUAUGCUGAUAAUGCAAAUCAACUGAAAGCUCAACUUGAUCAGCAGAAAACUGUUGUUGAAAAUCUUGUCUCUAAUACAAAGAUUUUAGAGAGCAAGAUACAGGAAGCAAAAUCAAAGAAAGAUACUUUGAAAGCUCGUGCUCAGUCUGCAAGAACUGCAACCAAAGUGAAUGAGAUGGUGGGAAGCAUCAACACUAGUAGUGCUUUAUCAGCUUUUGAGAAGAUGGAAGAGAAAGUUUUGGCAAUGGAGUCCGAGGCAGAAGCUCUUGGCCAGUUAACCACUGAUAAUCUUGAAGGGAAGUUUGCUUUACUCGAGGGUUCAUCAGUGGAUGAUGAUCUUGCGGAGCUGAAAAGAGAACUCUCUGGUAGCUCAAAGAAAGGAGAGCUUCCACCGGGAAGAACUGCUUCCACCAGUACAAACAAGUCAUUCCCAUAUCGAGAUGCAGAGAUAGAGAUGGAGCUCAACGAAUUGAGGCGGAAGGCAAAAGACUUCUGAAGCUUCUGAUUUGCAUUUGCAAAUCUCACAAUUUUCGUUUCAAAACUCAAUUACACUGGAAAGGGUUUAACUUGGUUGGUACGGUAGAGACCAAACAGGUCAACGUACAGACGCCAGACUUUAAAUGAAUUAUAGUUAUUUUUCCGGAUGACCAUGUACAUAGUUAUGUUUCAUACUGGAAUCCCAUUUUUUAGUUGCAAGUCAUAAUCUAUGAGCACUUAUGCUUUGG